CUCUCAUCGUCGAACUUUUUCUGAACUGUGCGAGAUACAGCAACAAGGCCCUUCAAACGAGCCGACUGCAAGCCAAAGGCAUAACGUGGACACGUGCACAGACAAGCGCUGCUGCAAAGAUGUCCGCUCCUGCAAAGGUCCUCUCUCACCCUCAGAUCAGGGACGGCUGGUUCCACGAGGCCAACUCGCAAUGGCCGGGCCAGGCAAUGUCCCUGCAGGUUGUUCGAAUCCUGCACCACGAGCAGUCGAAGUACCAGGAUGUCCUUGUGUUCGAGUCUGCCACCUAUGGUAACGUCCUCGUCCUUGAUGGUGUCAUCCAGUGCACCGAGCGGGAUGAGUUCUCUUACCAGGAGAUGAUUGCGCACCUCCCCCUUGCAUCGCAUCCCAACCCCAAGCGUGUCCUCGUCAUUGGUGGUGGUGAUGGCGGUGUCUUGCGCGAGGUGGUCAAGCACGAGACGGUUGAGGAGGCUGUCCUCUGCGACAUUGAUGAGGCCGUUCCUCGCGUCAGCAAGAAGUACCUUCCCAAGAUGGCCGCCGGCUUGACGCACCCCAAGUCCAAUGUCAUCAUUGGAGAUGGAUUUGCUUUCCUCCAGAAGCCCGAGAACAAGGGGACCUUCGACGUCAUCAUCACCGACUCUUCCGACCCUGUUGGCCCAGCGCAGGCCCUGUUCGAGAAGCCCUACUUCCAGCUGCUCAAGGAUGCCCUCAAGCCUGGUGGACACAUUUCCACUCAAGCCGAAUGCACCUGGCUGCAUCUGCCUCUGAUUCGCGAACUCCGCAAGAGUACCAAGGAACUGUUCCCUGUCGCAGACUAUGCAUUCACCACCAUCCCCACGUACCCUUGUGGCCAGAUCGGCUUUGUCGUCUGCUCCUUGCAGCCCGACCGCAACGUGCGUGAGGCAGUGCGCAGGGUGCCCGACUGCAAGUACUACAAUGACAAAGUCCACAAGGCAGCUUUCGUCCUUCCCGAGUUUGCACGUAGGGUUAUCGAGGAUGGCGCGCCUGCUCCUGGCGCAGUCAUCGCUACCGGUGACGGAGAGGGUCCGGCCAAGCGGGACCCCAAGAAGGUGCUCUUGCUCGGCUCGGGCUAUGUGGCGAGGCCAUUUGCAGAGUACAUUCUGCGUUACCCAGAGUACAGCUUGACUGUCGCUUCUGCUCACCUCGAGAACGCCCAACGCAUGUCGGUCGCACUGCCGCGCACAACUGCUGUCUCAAUCGACGUCAGUGAUGCAGCCGCGCUUGGCGACAUGAUCUCCAAGCAUGACGUAGUUGUCUCGCUCAUCCCUUACACGUUCCACGCUGCCGUCAUCAAGGCUGCAUGCAAGCACAAGGUCGAUGUCGUCACGACAUCCUACGUCAGCGACGCCAUUCGCGAGCUGAAGGACGAAAUCAAGAAGGCUGGCAUCACCGUCAUGAACGAGAUUGGCCUUGACCCUGGUAUUGACCACCUGUAUGCCGUCAAGGCGAUCGACGACAUCCACCGGGAAGGCGGAAAGAUCAAGUCAUUCCUUUCUUACUGCGGUGGUCUCCCUGCGCCUGAGGCAGCAGACAACCCGCUUGGCUACAAGUUUUCUUGGUCGUCGCGCGGUGUUCUGCUCGCUUUGCGAAACACUGCCAAAUUCUACCAGGCGCCACACAAGGAGGCGCAGGUGGUCUCCGGCACGGAACUCAUGGCUAGUGCCAAGCCGUUCUACAUCUCGCCUGCUUUUUCAUUCGUCGCCUACCCGAACAGAGACAGCACUCCCUUCCGCGAGUGGUACAAUAUCCCCGAGGCAGAGACUGUCAUCCGUGGUACAUUGCGGUACCAGGGCUUCCCCGAGUUCGUGCUUGCGCUCGUUAAGUGCGGCUUCCUCGAUGAAGAGGCCAAGCCUUACCUCAACGCCAAAGCACCGACGUCAUGGGCUAAGGUCACGGCGCAGGCCGUAGGCGCCAAGGCUGCUGACGCCGCAUCGCUCGCUGCUGCUGUGCGCGCUUGUUGCGCAUUCAAGAAUGAGGAUGAGGCGGAGACGAUCCUGCGCGGGAUGCGAUGGCUUGAUCUGUUUGAUGACAGCAAGCCUGCAACUGUUCGCGGGACAUCUGCGCAGAACAAGGAAGGCCAGGGCAACUUGCUCGACACGCUUUGCGCCACGCUCGAAGAGAAGUGCAGGUAUGAGGAUGGCGAGCGCGAUAUGGUCCAGCUUACGCACAGGUUCGACUUCGUCGACAAGACCGGCGCAGAGAAGACUCUGUACUCGUCCCUGCUGGAUUACGGUAUUCCAGGCGGUCACUCGAGCAUGUCCAAGCUGGUCGGUGUUCCCUGCGCCAUCGCCACGAAGCUCAUCCUUGAGGGCCACCCGGGCUUGAAGAAGAAUGGUGAGAUCGUCGCGCCGUACAGCGCUGAUGUGUGCGAGCCUAUUCGUGCUGAGCUGGAGAAGGAGGGCAUUAUGCUCACCGAAAAGUACGUGUAGAGUGUAUUCUCAACAAAAAGCCGCUAGUGAGCGGCUCCUCACCCUAUUUGUCAUUAGAUUUGUGUACGAGUAU